AUGAAAAUACUCUCCGAUCCACCCAAUGCCGAGCUAGACAUCAUCUUUGUCCACGGCUUGACCGGCAACCGGGAGAAAACAUGGACGCAUAAAAAAGGGGUUUUCUGGCCGCAGGACCUUCUGGCCAAAGACUUUCCUACAGUCCGCAUCAUGACCUUUGGAUAUGAGGUUGAUAUCGCUACCCUCUUUACAAUUGCAUCCUCGAAUCGAGUAUAUGACCACGGUCAGUCCCUGGCCUAUGCGCUAGUUAGUGAACGAGAUGGCUGCUCGGCAAGACCUAUUCUAUUGAUUGCCCAUGGUCUGGGCGGGCUUGUAUGCCAGCAAGCACUGAUACGCAGUACUCAGGUGGAUGGACUCUGGCAAAUCUCUUCUUGGGCGGUUGGGAUUAUCUUUAUAGGAACUCCACACUCUGGUUCAUCGUUGGCUUGUCAUGGUGAGCGGCUCGCGAGAUAUCUCAGUCCUGUCCAGACUGCAGAAAUGAGAACUGCAGGAACUAAACCAGGGCCGAAUGACCUGCAAAGAAUUGGCAAUCAGUUUCAGGAUAUGCUGCGGGGAGGAGAUAUCUCUUUGAAGGUCUUCUGUUUCUAUGAGACCAAGCAAAUGAACGAUCUAGUGGGCAAGAUUGUUGAAGAGAGCUCUGCGGUUCUGAGUGACUUCAAGAGUUGCAGAGUUGAUGCCAAUCAUUUCAAUGUGGCCAAAUUCAGCGGUCGAUUGGAUGCGGGAUAUGAACACCUUCGCACUCUUGUUGCUAGUUUGAUUGAGACUUCACAGAAGGACGAGGCUGCUUUUGUCGAAUCUUCAAAUCAAGCGUUUGUGGCUUCUUUUUCUAUGAGUCUUUCUUGUUCGACAGCUCCUUCGCCGACAAACUACACUUUGGAUGGCCACACCUACCUCAAUUCUUUUCAAGACGUGGACUUGAUUGACCUUUCAACGUUUACCUUUACUUGA